AUGGCUUCGUUGAGCACUGAGAGCUCGCGCAAGCGACCGCGAGAGGAAGCGGAGGACGACGCGUCGCGGACGAAAAGAGCGGCGUCUAUGGAAAAAUCGGGUAGGGAUAUAGAAGAAUCUAUAGCUGAAAGGAUUGCUGAGGAAGAUAUCGAUGCAUAUCUUCGUCUACAAGACGGCCUUGAGCCUCAGCAAGCGCCUAUUCUGCACGUUGUACCCGUCUCGCCAGUCACUCAGCCCAUGUCACGGCCCCAGACGAUCUCUACGCGAGACAAAUACGACAAAAUCUCGAGGCUGAAAUAUACACCCUUCACGCAGGGCGACGUCUGGUAUCUCAUAUCCACCACCUGGCUCGAUAAAUGGAAGCGUAUAUGUGGUCCUCAGCAGUACAGGGGUGACGAGUCCUCCCUGAGCGCUGUAGAUAACUCGGAUCUCGUUGAUGAGCAUGGAACGCUCUUGCCCGCGCUUGCAGAAGGCACAAAGUAUGAACUCAUAUGCAAAGAGGCUUGGGAUCUCUUUGUAGAGUGGUAUGGUCCGCCCAAUCUCACCAUCCCUCGCAAAAUUAUCACAGAGGGUAUCCAUCACGUCAAACGUGUCGAGGUCUACCCCUAUAAACUGUCGGUCUUUCGCAUGUCCAAGCUUACACCUCCAUCUUCGCACGCCGUAACGCCGACGAUCGAAAUAUCGAGGGCAGCCAAAGUAAAGGAGCUCAUCGAUCAAGUUGUUCAAAUUUCUGCACUUGAUAAGGACGAUCUCCGCUUCUGGCUCAUCAUGGGCACCGUCUUGGAGACGAAGCCUUUGGACGGCACUUUCUACCCUUCUGAUCGCCUUCAAGCCGAUGAAGCACAGCCCUUUCCUCCUGCUGAGUCCCUGGACAAGCGCCUGGAUGAAGCAUUGGUCGAAAGUGGGGAUGCCAUCGUUUACGAAUACCGUAUCCAGGGGACUUGGACCGUCGACAUCGAUUCACUUAAAAUCGCCACGACAAACAAUCGUACAUUAGCGGCGGAGAACAAGCCAGCCUUCUUCACAGACUUGAAAACGAAAUACAACUCGCCAGCCAAUAAUGCGAUCAAGCCCAUGUCCACCACGGGCUAUACCAUAACCCCAACCGUCGGAAGCACUGCAGUAACCGCAUUCAAGCAGCCUAGUACAACCACUUCUAUCUCUGCCUACACUACACCGUCACGCCCUCCGGGAGCUGUCGGUCUCAAUAACCUAGGCAAUACAUGCUUUAUGAACUCGGCACUCCAGUGCCUCGCUCAUACACCGGAGCUUACCGAAUACUUCCUGACCGGUGUGUAUCGCACAGAACUGAAUCCGACGAAUCCUCUUGGUAUGAAGGGUGCGAUUGCCGAAGUGUUUGGUGGUGUUUUGGACAAGUUAUGGCACCCGAUCAGCUAUGCGGUGGCUCCGCGAGAGUUCAAACAACAACUUCAGCGUUUUGCUCCGCAAUUUAGUGGUUAUGCUCAGCAUGACACACAAGAGUUCCUCGCCUUUCUUCUCGACGGUCUCCACGAGGACUUGAACCGGGUUCUCAAGAAACCGUAUGUUGAAAACCCAGAUUGGAACGGAGGCGGAGAAAAGGAGCUCGUCAAGCAUGCGGCAACAGCUUGGGAAGGAUACAAGAAGAGAAACGACAGCGUUAUCGUCGAUCUGUUCCAGGGGCAAUACAAGAGUACGCUCGUUUGUCCUGAAUGCGAAAAGGUCUCCAUUACCUUCGAUCCUUUUAUGUAUUUGACUCUGCCAUUACCUGUUCUCCGUAUAUGGGAGCACGAGAUUUGUUGGGUUCCCUAUGACGUCGAGAAGCCACGACUACAGAUUCCCGUUCAACUCUCCAAGGAUGCAUCGAUUAAGGACCUCAAACUUCUAAUGAAGAAAUGGAUGGGCACUCCCGUCGAAAAUCAAAUAUGCAUCGAAACAUUUGGUCACAAGGUCUACAAAGACUUCGAUGACACCAACCCUCUGGGUGAGAUUGCGGAUCGGGACACCAUCGUCAUCUACGAAUUGCCAUGUCCCGCACAACCAAGCAAUGAUGGAUCCGCGACGCAUAUCCCUGUCGCAGUCUACCAUUCUAGCUCUGCAUACCGGACUUAUUCCCCUGAUCUUUUUGGCAUUCCUCUCUAUGUGGCUAUUCCUAUCAACGAGGCCCAUAGUGAAGAAGCUAUUUAUGCUCAAAUCAUUGAGCGGUACAUUCCAUGGACUCCUCAUCCUCAGGAGCUCUAUCGCCGACAGGUUACCAUUCCCGAAUCGACACCCGCUUCGUCGAGUACCCCCUCGAGCGAUCAGACAGACAAGUUGGAAGAUGAGGAACAGGAUCUCGCUGAUGCAAGGCCGGAUGCUGAUGGUGAUCAUGAGAUGAAUCCGCCAUCAAAGGAGCCAUCGGAGGUAGGGGAAGAGGUUGUCACCAACUUGGGGCCUCAACCCAACCUCUUCAGCAUCAAGGUCUACGCUCCUAGCCGACUCUCGUAUGGAUAUUCAGCCAACAUCAUGGCCGAUCCAUUGCGCGGAACCGGAGAGACCCUUGCGGAGAGAGCCACAUCGAAGAAGAAGGGUUUCGGUGGCUUCAAAUGGUCUCGUUCCUCUACUCCCGAACCAGAUGCCAAUGCUCCUGGUAAACCUUUGAUCAACGCAGACGACACUAUACUCUGCGAGUGGGACCCUCACUACCUCGAGUUUUUCUUUGGCGUUACAAACAAAACAUACAAACGAGACGAGAAUACACUUUGGGAAAAGUGGGAACAGUUUGAACAUCCGGAAUACGUUGCAGCUGCGAAAGCGAGAAAAGCGACCAAAGAGCGGGGCAUCACGCUCGAAGAUUGUCUCGACGAGUUCACCAAAGAGGAGCGCCUCGGAGAGGACGAUCUUUGGUACUGUCCUCGCUGUAAGAAGCACCAACAAGCGACCAAAAAGUUUGAACUUUGGAAGACGCCGGACGUUUUGGUUGUCCAUCUCAAGCGUUUCAGCAACUCUAGACUACUACGAGACAAGAUCGACGCCUUUGUAGACUUCCCCAUUGAAGGCUUAGACUUGACAGAGCGCGUUGAAGAACGUUUGGUUGCGAAGAAAUGGGUCGAGGAGGGCCACGAGCUCGAGGAGUUGGGACUCCAGAGUGAGUCUGGAGAUCAAUCCCUCGUGUACGAUCUGUUCGCGGUCGACGAGCACCUUGGAGGGCUCGGUGGUGGUCAUUACCGCGCAUAUGCGAAGAAUUUCGAAGACGAUACGUGGUAUCAUUUCGACGAUACCCAUGUCUCUACGAGCAAAGCCAAGGACUCGGUUAAUUCAAACGCUUAUCUCUUGUUCUAUCGCCGUCGUAGUGACAAGCCACUAGGCGGUGUGACACACGAAAAAGUGGAGGAAUACCGCAAGCACCCCCACAAUGAAGAGGAACUGGCCGGAACGAAUGGAGAAAGGUCUCUGGAGCCGGAGUACUCGUCCCACUUCGCUGUUUCCGCCACAACCCCUGACCCUUCGCCACCAGAGCAUAACGAAUACUUCAGUGGUUUUAUUGGGCCGCUUCCGGAUCUGGACCUGGACGACCCUUUUGCGACGGACCCUCCCGAGUUCAGUGAUGCAUUUGAGGACCCGUUGUUAGCGACUGCGACCUCGACCUUCUUGCCCUCGUUCACUAACCACCUCUCUCGCAAAUCGCCGUCUUCUUCCACUGGAGCUAUCUCACCCGACUCCUCAUUCGGAAACGAAAAGGAUCCUGCAGUUUGGAACCAGGACUAUGAGGACAUUCCCGAGCUGGAGGACGUCGACAGCUUUCACCGCCGCUAUCCCUUGAAUGGACAUUCACGAAUGGACGAUAUUGAUUCUGAUCAUCUAGACGAUGACAUACCUGAUACUUACGACGAAAAAGCGCCAACCCCACCCGAGCUUUCUCUAUCCCCAACACCCGGCCGAGAGGCAGCACCAUCUCCACCUUCCCCCCCAUCUAAAAUCACGGGCGAUGCUCAAGCCGAAUCUUAG